UGAAAUCAGGCGAUAUGACUGAUUAAAGUUAAAGCGUUAGAAAAGUUUUAAACAUGGAGAUCAUAUGGGCGUUGUUACUUCUGUUUAUCGUGUCAGUGAACGCAAAAUUUUUGCGUCUUUGUAGAAAAAAAACAGGAUGGUUAGAAUGCAACUCUGACGAAACAAUCUCUAUAAACAAAGCUUGGUAUGCACGAUGGAAUAAGGUUCACUGCAAUAAUGGUAGAUGGUUUGAAAAAUAUAACUGCGCAGGCACUAAAGUCGAUUUUAUUAUUCAAGAUAUUUGCAAGGGGAAACAAAAUUGUAGAAUUACAGCUACGACAAGAUUCCUGGGAAUUUCUGACCCAUGUUAUUUUAGCAAUGAAUAUUUGGAAAUAUACUACACUUGCAAACGAACUGUAACACCAACUACAGCAAUUACAACGAAAACGACAACAAAGUCAACAACAACAACAACAUCAACAACAAUAACAUCAGCAACAAAAGCAGGAAAAACAACUGGAGCCAAUGCCACUACCACAAAAUUCACAACAAAGGCAACCACAACAUUACCAUAUCAAGAAAAAAUACUCUGUGAACAAAAACACAGUCUGAUCCGAUGCGAUGAAAACAGCACGUUGCAUUUUAUCACUGCAACAUUUGGUCGAUCAAAUCGAAAUGAAUGCCUCUAUGGAAAACGCACCAACACAAAUUGCAACUUAGACGUUUUGAAGUAUUUCUACGCUCAUUGUGAGAAACGAAGACUUUGUAUCCUAGUAGCUACUGUCGAUACUUUUGGUGAUCCAUGUCCAGGCACAUCAAAAUACCUGCACCUCAGAUACACCUGCAAGCCUUCAGUUAAUACAAUGACGACAAGCCAGCCAUCAGGAAAUACAUCCACGCAAGUAAAAACAACAGAUUCGAUAACAACGACCACGGUAGCAACAACAAAGCCACCUUAUAACACCAGGACUAUUUGUCAAAACUAUAACGCUAUGAUUCGUUGCUUCUCUGGACUAAUAAAUAUCAUUGGAGCAACAUUUGGACGUCAUGAUCGUACCACGUGCUCAAAGCAUGCUGUUGAAGAUGUCAACACGGAAUGUUCAACCAACGCAACAAGAUACGCAAACUUCUUGUGCUAUAGUAAACCUUUGUGUUUUGUGCAAUCAGGAGUUGCAGUCCAUGGAGAUCCAUGUCCUGGUACUGACAAAUAUUUGACAGUGAAGUACACUUGUGAACCAAGAAGUAAAUUUACAGCAAGACCUACCGUUUUUAUUCCAUCUGUACGAACAGCUCCAGUACGAACUGGAAACUUCACAACACCGCCAAGAGCAAUAUGCGGAACACCGGCUACUCAACAAUCGCGUAUAAUAAGUGGAAAAAAUGCCAAACGCGGGGCGUGGCCAUGGCAAGUAGCAUUGUACAAAUCAACUGGUCAGUUUGUGUGUGGAGGAUCCAUUAUUGAUCCAUUUUGGAUAGUAACUGCAGCACAUUGCGUAAACAAUGAUCCUGAUCCAUCAAGCUACUAUGUUGUACUGGGCGAUCUUGAUCGAACAAAGAUUGAGGGCAGUGAGAUGAAGUAUUAUCUCUCUAAGAUCAGCAUUCAUCAUGAUUAUGGAGAUGUGUUCAAAUUCAAACACGACAAUGAUAUUGCAGUACUAAAUUUAGAUCGACCGGUGCUAUUUAGUCCUCUCGUAUCGCCGGUAUGCUUGUCGAACCAAACCAAUGGAAAUUUGACAAAUUGCUAUGUUACUGGAUGGGGUAAAAUCAAAUUUCCUGGUCAUUCACACACAUUCUUACAGCAAGCAUCUGUUCAGCUUGUUUCGCGUUCAGUAUGCCGAGCGAAAUUGAGAAGCUCUAAAGCUAUAACGGGCGGUGGUAUCAGUGACAAUAUGAUUUGCGCUGACAGCAAAGAUGCUAGCAACGCUUGCCAAGGCGACAGUGGUGGACCUUUGGUUUGUCAAAAUCCCUACGGUCAAUGGUUUUUAAAAGGAGUCAUUAGUUGGGGUUCGCCAAGAUGUUCCAUAAAAGACAUGUACUUGGUACUAGUCAACGUCGAUAGAUAUCUACCAUGGUUGAAAUACAUAGCAGGAGUGUGAACCAAAUGAGUGUAUACCAUAGAAGGGUAAACCAUACUCUAUGAAAUGGAAACAAAUAAAUUCAAAUUGGUUUUGUUAUAUUAUUUAUUUUUUCCAAAUAUGUGUCUAUUUUGUUUUUCUGUCUCGCCACCACUCUUUGACA